CUGUCACCUCCCCCCGCCCGGUGCCGCUGCUGCCUCUGCCGGCGGCGGGCGGGUCGUGCCGGCGCCGGGACCGCGACCGGGACGGGCAGGGAGAGAGUAAGGAGCGGAUGGUGUGCGGGUGAUGUGUGUGCAAGUGCCUCAAGCUUCUCCUGCAAGAUGUGUUCCACAAAUCCAGCAAAUUGGGUCACCUUUGAUGAUGAGCCGCUCUUCCAGUCACCUCAGAAAUCAGUUGAAACUCAGAGUAGCUGUAAAGCAAAUGGCCUUAAACUCAAUCUGUCUAGUCUGCAUGAGUCUUCAAGUAGGUCAUCUUCUACAGGCAGCACUCCACUCUCAUCUCCUGUAGUUGAUUUCUACCUAAGUCCUGGACCUCCCAGCAACUCUCCACUUACUACGCCUACCAGAGAGUACCCAGGAAACCCGUGUAUCCCAAAGUCUGGGAUUCACAUGCUUUAUCCCAUCCCUGAAUGGCCUUCAAACGUUAACCUUCUUCCAUCACCCGGGAUUUGCUCAUCCCUAGCCUCACAGAAACCGAGUAGCCUUCCUUUGAACACCUCACCUAAUGACCAUCCAGUUAAGACUUCAGUCUCCAAAUCAGCAGACAAAGGAAGCCCUAACUCACCAGGAAGCUGUGAGGAGUUAGCUCCAGGGCGCUUCCCAUACAUCCAGAGCGACUGUGCUUUUUCCAGUCCUUUUUGGAAGGAAGGGUGCUCGCUCAGCAUGUCACCAGCUAAUGUUAGCAUGCACAAGAAGGACAGAGUACUCGACAGGAGCAUCUAUCAUCCUAAAGACAAAGAAACUUGUCAUGAUCAGAAAAGCCUUAACCAGGGCUCCUUCAGUUACAUCUGUGAGAGGCUGGAACACCUGCAGGUUGAUAGCUGUGACACCGUGGAAAACCCACCCGUCUCGAGCACUCACGCAUGGCACAAGCUCUCCCCCACUAUCCCACACAGCCUCUUCAGGAGCCGGAAAGCAGAUGGGUGGCCAUUCAUGCUGAGGAUUCCUGAAAAGAAGAACAUGAUGUCGUCUCGGCAGUGGGGCCCUAUUUACCUGAGCGUCCUACCCGGAGGUGUGUUGCAGAUGUAUUAUGAAAAAGGCCUGGAGAAACCUUUCAAGGAAUUCCAGCUGCAGCCACAAUGUAAGCUAUCCGAACCCAAAUUAGAGAGCUACAAUGUCUCGGGAAAAAUCCAUACCGUGAAGAUUGAGUGUGUGUCAUACACAGAGAAAAGGAGGUAUCAUCCCAAAGUAGAAGUGAUCCAUGAGCCAGAGGCUGAGCAGAUGUUAAAACUGGGCACCACAGAUUAUAAUGACUUCACUGAUUUCCUCGUAACGGUUGAGGAAGAGCUUAUGAAACUUCCUACUCUUUCUAGACAAAAGAGGAAUUAUGAAGAGCAAGAAAUGACUCUGGAAAUAGUGGAUAACUUCUGGGGGAAAGUCACUAAGGCAGAAGGAAAACUCGUAGAAAGUGCUGUCAUCACACACAUUUACUGCCUCUGUUUUGUGAACGGAGGUGCUGACUGUUUUCUAACCCUGAAUGACCUGGAGCUCCAGAAGAGGGACGAGCGUUACUUCGACAAGGAGGAGGAGAAGAAGUGGAUCGAUAUUCUCGAUUGCCAUUUCCAUAACUGUGUCAAAGCGCAGGAAUUCGAGCAGUCACGGAUUAUUAAGUUUACACCUCCGGAUGCCUGUAGGCUGGAACUGAUGCGUUUCAGGACACGGUAUAAUGGGCAAGACCUUCCCUUUUCCGUGAAGGCUGCAGUAGUGGUUCAGGGGGCGUACAUUGAACUUCAGGCUUUUAUAAAUAUGUCUUCAACUGCUCCGAUCCCAACGUGUUUACCCUCUGUGAAAUACUGUGAAAACGUUAUGAUACGCUUUCCUGUUCCCACACAGUGGAUCAAAGCACUUUGGACCAUGAACCUCCAAAGGCAGAAGUCCCUAAAAGCAAAAAUGAAUAGGAGAGCAUGCCUUGGCGCUUUGCACGAGGUUGAAUCCGAUCCUGUAAUACAAGUCUCAGUUGGAACAGCAAAAUACGAGAGUGCCUACAGGGCUGUGGUGUGGAAGAUUGACAGGCUUCCAGAUAAAAAUUCAAAUUCAGAUCAUCCACACAGCCUGUCUUAUAAGUUGGAACUUGGAUCAGACCAGGAAAUACCAUCUGACUGGUAUCCAUUUGCUACUGUCCAGUUUGUUGUUCAUGAUACCUGUGCCUCAGGAACAGAAGUCAAGUCCUUGGGCAUAGAGAGUGAUCUGCAGCCCCAGAAACACGUGGUUCAGAAAGCUUUUUACAAUUGCCAGGUUGAAAUUGAAAAGAAGUGGAUUAGGCUUGAUGGAGAAGACCCAGAUAAGGCUGGCAACUGCCUAAUGCAGUGAAAGAGAAGAGGCAUCAUCAUAGGAUAUUAGUAGGAAUCAAUUUACAUAGGAAAUUCUAUUGUUAGAAGAAGCGCAGUGACCUAGUUUAGGAUGAACAUGGUCAUUGAGUUUUUUUUUAAUGCUUAUGGGUUUGAUUCUGCAAAUCAGUACUCAUUUGACUGGCCUGCAUUCAAGUAAGCUUCCUGUCUUGGGAAUACCGGUAUGAGUAAGCUCUCCUUAUAAAGAGCUGCAAGAUGUGAGCACUUAAUUGACUGAUUGUAAUAUAUUCUUUUCCUGUUGUGUAUCUAUGACUUGGGAAUGAUCUCAUACUCCAUAUUGAAACCUAAUGGCACUACUUAAAGAAUUCAUGUCACUUGGACAUGUAAUAUUUGGUAAUAAAAACUUCCAGACUGCUUAUAUGCAGACCAGCAUCUGUGUAAGGUCCAAUAGGACCAAUUAUAUUUCUUAGUGCUGUUUGAAAACUCAAGUCCCUCAUGUUUCUGCUCCCCUUGAUGUAUGUGAACAGAAGAAGUCAAAACACUAUUCUUGACAAGAGCCUUAAUUAAUGAGUUGGAAACUGGGUGAUUUCAUUGGUAAAAAGGGGAAAAGUUCCUCUGCAAUAAUACUCUUCAUUUUUCUGUGGCUGUGACUGUCUCCUCCCCAGCACUUUAUAGGUUCACUCAAAGUAAUCUCGAGGGGAAAAAAAACAUAUGGCACACGUGAUUGUAAUUUCUGUGCCAGCAUUAGACAAUUCUUUUUCACUACUGUAGCAAGUGAGGUAAGGGGUGGAUCCUCAGCAAGUGUAAAUCAGUCCAGGCCCAUUUCAUUUGAUGAAGCUUUGAGAAUAUACACCAGAGGAGAUUUUUCCCCACAAGCUGAGGAAAAGGCUGAUAGCUGCUGUUUGCUCUGGGUCUCCUUUAGGAUGCAAAUUCCAGAUGUUGGUUUGGAAAUUGCAGAAGUUGUGGCUUUGAGUAACUUUUAAGACAGUCUUUUCAUACGUGGGAAUGGAGAUGUUUUCAUGCUACUGGCUUUAAAGGCAUUUUCCAUGGGGAAAUAGUGCAGAAAUGGACUGUCACAAGAGACAUGAAGCUGUGAUGCUUCAUCAGGAGCCUGAGCUACUAAUCACAUCAGUGUGUUAAAUAUGUUUUCAACAAACAAUUGUCUUUUAGGGAAAGGCUCUAAUACUUCCCCUCAGCCAUUUUCCCCUUGAUCAUUUUCUGCAGGCUGUAAUUCCAGGUCUGAAAAAAAUCUUAUAAAUUGAAAAAAUGCUCCUGAUACUUUUUUUUGGCUGCAGUUUUCCUAAAAUUGUCCUUACUUCAAACUGAAAUUAGUGGAGAACAAAAAUAUAGUAAUGCACUGCCUCGCUUUAUAUUUUGUACAGCUUGUAACUGUUUAUAUGAACACUGUGUGAAAAUACAGAUAAAUGUUAUUCCCCAAAAGUAGAAAUAUGUGGGAUAUGCACUGAGAAAAUUACCAGUCUGAGGAAACAGAAGGCCAUAAUAUGAACCUAGUUCAUCACAAUAAACUUUUCCCCCCAUUUGGAAGCUGAGAAUGAAAUGGGUAAUAGAUUCUACAGUAAGUCCUGAGGGCAGGUUUUUUAUGGGUAUUGCAUUGCCAAAGCUCCAAAUAGACUAUUAUGGUAUUUGGGCUUCUCUAUAUAUCCCUUUUUAUUAGCAGAUUAUAUUGUUAUAAAUCUAAGCAAGCAUUGGAGUAUAGUAGUGAUCCAAAUGUGUCUCAGCUCUUCCAUCCUCCAUCCGUGUUUUGAAUUGAGAAACCAUUAGCACCUUCAAAUCAUGUUUGUUGUGUUUUAUUAAUAUUUAAUUUUGGUUUAUAUACUGCUCGGCUGAACUAAGGGGCAAAGUGUUUGUACUUGGCACCAUGACAAGUUCUGCAGUUUGCUGAAGUCCAUGGUUGUACUAGAGCUACAAUAUCUAUUAACCUCUUUGCUCCAUGAGGUAGAGGAAGCAAAAUACGUGUUCCAAAUACCUGCACAAACCCUUGUCUGAGGCUGAUUUGUUUUGACUUGCAUUAAUACAUCUAAUUUAGUAAACCUAUUAACAGUGGUUACUCUCCAAAGCCUGUCUUGCACACCUGGCCCCUAUUUUUCUGUUUCUUAAGAAGGAGGAACUCUUUCACCUUAGUGCCUCCAUUCACAGCACUCAUCUCCUGGGCAUUUAGUACCCGGUGGUGUUACAGAAGCAGUGGCUGCUUUUCUUCUCUUAGGUGUCUGCUUUGUUUCAGGAUGUGUUUAAGAAGGUUGUCUAGUGUUGACCCUUCAAGAUAUGAGCUACUGUUUCGAGUGAGUGGCCUAAAUGAUGAACAACCACCUUACAAGUCAUCAUUCCUCCUAGUGAAUCUGUAUUGUAUCUGGUAUGGUGCAAAUGGUCAUUCAGACUUACUGAACUCAUUAACAUAAAAAGGUCAAGCUACAGCUUUGUAUAUGUUGCAAAAUCUUGGAUUUCCAUCUGAGGUUUGCAAGUCUUGCUAUUAACUUUAAUAGGAAUUGGAUCAGGAUCACGGGGAAUUAAUUCCAUAGAAAUAUUGCCACACUGAAAGUAAGUUACUCUGUUUAAUACAUGACUUUCUGUUUAAAGCUGACAAUUAGUGCAGCCUAAGGUUGAAUAAUUGCCCUGUUCAGUCUCAAACUGAUGUUUAUAUGCCUUGGUGUCAGAAUAUUUAAAAAUAGGCUGCAGUUUAAUGAAGGAAAGUUUGGGUUGUCUGACUUUUUUUUCCCCCUCAAAUUCUAACUUCCUAUUCUAUUGCAACAUGCCUAAGCAGAAACACCCUGGCUUCCCCUUUUUUCUGCACUGUCUGGUGACCUUGAGUAUAACCUACUGAGCAAAUAUUCUCAAUGUUUACGACUCAUUUGCUAACAUUUUCCAUGAACACGACAGCAGCCGAUAGUGAGUAAACAUACCAGCUUUGAUUCUUUAAAAAUCUGGGCUGUAAGUAGUCUAAUUGUAAUUUUUUUUUUUUGGGGGGGGGAGGGGGAAUGGAGAGGAAGAACAGUUGCAAUAAGCUGUUGUGAUGCUCAGUGUCCAGCUAGCAGAAGGAUUGGAUCUUUAAAUAACCCAUGAGGUACACUGGCAUCAUGUGAGGAACCAGUUUUCACACGUAUCUGAUCUGUGCUUCCCGCAGUGAGUGCCUGCAGUCACUGCAAUGCUUCCAACUGUUUGGGUCACUUAAGAUGCUGACAUUUUGCUAACGUUUACUACAAGGCAGUGUAUAGAUGCUAUCUGUGUUUCCUUCAGAGAGGACCAGCAGGGUUUGGGAUAUUUUGUAUUUAAAACAUAAAUCAAUGAGAACAGCUAUUUUUAUAGUGUGUUUGCCUUACUUACAAAGCGCCGUAUUAGCUGAAACCGACAGACCUUAUCUUCGCGUUCAUCUUUCUCAAACUAAUUGUAUUACUGUAGGUAAAUGGUACUUGAUGUAAUUUUGGAUUCAAACACCCAUUGAAGUCAAUGGAAGUCUUUUAACCGACAAAAUGGGAUCUGCAUCAAAAUCUCUAAGGGGAGGAAAAAAGAAAUCGUGGUAAUGGCCUGUAGAAGAUUUUUGAUGUUAGUAAGCAACCUGCAGUGUGUGCUUAUUCCAACCAGAAAAGAGCACAAAAGAUAGGAAAAGAGGUGUUACUGGGUGUCAAAGCUGAAGCUUUACAGUGAUUGGAAACAAUGGUCCAGUUGGCCCUGUGUAGCAGCUCCUGAGAAAUGAGGAUGAUGAUGCAUUCCAUUGAACUUGGUGCCAAGCCACUGUCAUCCUUAUGCUCCUUGUAUUUUUUUUCCCAGAUUCUGUAUUAAUUGUCCAAAAGUACUUUACAUCUGAAAACAUAUUUUCACAUAUUACUUUUGGUUGUGUUUAUUUUACUUGACAGGCUUCUUAGCUGCAGUAUUGGUGUCCAUACUUCUAUUUUGCAUUUAUUUGUCUUUUUGUUAACUAAACACACUAAUUGCUGCAGUUAGUAGUUCUUAGCAAUAAUUCUGAUAACUCUGAAGCAGUGUUGUUACUGUUAAUGGAAACUAUAAUUUUAUUUGGGUCUCUUUCUCAGUAUAAGUACAAACAGAUCAUGCUGAUAAUCUUGUAAUAACAUUUUGUAGAUUGCGUAUUGAUUAAAAAAAUAAAAUUGUAUUUCAAACUAGCA